AUGAUGAGCAACAACGAAGAACUUGACAGUCAUUCUAGUACAAUCACAAAUGUGGCAACUACUCCUACAAUAGUAGUUUCUCCUAAAGUAGCACCUUUGCUCACUCCUGGAGGAACAAAAGAAUGGCUUCCAAUAUGCCCCAAUGAGUUGAAACCAGCUAUAGGGAUGAAGUUUAAUAAUCUUGAAGAGGGCCUUGAAUUUUAUAAAAGAUACGCAUUUGCUGCUGGAUUCAACACAAGAAAGUCUACAACUAAAAGGCAAAGAAGAAGCAAAGAAUUGAAAUCACAGUAUAUCUUAUGCAAUAAAGAAGGAUACAAAGAGAAAAGAAAGCCUACUGUUGAAAAAGAUUUAAAUAACAACGAAGGAGAAAGCAAUGAAGAAAAAACUUCAAUCAAAAGGAAGAGACUCGUUACUCGUGUUGGGUGCAAGGUGAAUAUUGGUCCUGUUACAACUUUUCGAAUGAUGAAGGAAAUUUUUGGAGGAUAUGAUAACAUUGGUGCAUCUAAGCAAGAUUUCAAAAAAUUUCAUAGAGAUUUGAAAGCAUACAUUCAAGGAAGUGAUGCUCAAAUGUUCGCGGAUAACUUUACCAACAAAAAGCUAAUGUGGAGCGCUUUUUUCUUUGAUUUUGAGAUGAAUGAAGAUUAUUGCCUUCGUAGAGCAUUAUGGGCUGAUCCCCUUUGUAAAAAGAGUUACGCUCUAUUUGGUGAUAUGGUAUCCUUUGAUACCACAUACCAAACCAAUAGGUACAACAUGGUGUUUACUCCAUUUACAGGGGUUGACCAUCAUAAGAGCUGCAUUACUUUUGCUGCUGGUUUCAUAGCAAAGGAAGAUAUAGUGUCAUUUGAGUGGUUGUUCAGAUCAUUUCUCAAGGCAAUGGGUGGAAAUGAACCGAAUUGUAUGAUUACAGAUCAAGAUCCAGCAAUGAAAAUUGCUGUUAAAAGUGUGUUUAACAAGACUGAACAUCGCUUCUGUAUGUGGCACAUAAUGAAAAAGUUACCAGAUAAGGUGGAGAAAUCAAUCAUGCAAGAAGAAACUGGUUUCCUAAAAAAAUUAUAUGCUUGUGUUUGGCAUCUUGAAAUUGAACCUGCUGAGUUUGAAGAAAGGUGGAACAAGGUGAUGGUUGAAUACCACUUGGAAGAACAUGAGUGGUUAGGUUAUAUGUACAAGAUAAGGAACAAGUGGAUUCCGGCGUAUUUCAGAGAUGUGUACCUUGGAGGAAUAAUGCGUACAACAUCAAGAUCCGAAAGUGAAAACAACUUUUUCUGCUCCUUUAUCAAUCCUCAUGUGUCACUUGUUGUGUUUUACUUGAGAUAUGAAGCUGCAAUUGAUGCCCAAAGACACACUCAAGGAAUAAGAAAGGAUUUGGAGGCUAAGAGGAUUGCAAGGAAUAAUGAAACAACAGGAAGUGCAAACAACAAAGGACAAGACAUUGAGCUAUUGAUUAGAGCUAGUGUGCUAACUGAAAUAAUUCUCAAACCUCCAAAAAUUUCAAAGAAUAAAGGGACUGGAAUUCAUGUAUCAAAUGUAGAGACUUCAAAAGAGAAAGGGGCUGAGAUUGAUGUGCCAAAUGUUGAAACAAGAGGCAUCAAUGAGGAUAUUGAUGAUGAAGAAGAAGUGGCAGAAGACAUACCAGAUUUUUAA